CGUGUGUGUGUGUGUGUGUGUGUGUGUGUGUGUGUGUGUGUGUGUGUGUGUGUUUCUAGCAGGGCGUGGCCUGAGGCGUGAGGGGUGGGACUUAUGGCUCCUCCCAGCUCUUCCCUCGGACUCCGGAACAUACACCUGUACACUCAGGAAUGGGACGUUCUGCGUGCGCUCGAGUGUGUAUGUGCGUGUGUACGCAUCGUCAGCUGUUGUCAUGGAGAUGCUGUCCCUGCUGGUGGACCCGGUGGCGCCCGGACGCGACGUCACGCUGCCCUGCUACACACACACACACACACACACUCUCAACCUCACACACACACCCCGCUGGUACAAGGGCCGCAGUGCAGUUCCCCUCCAGGUGGGUAGGGGGCGGUAUGUGUGGCGUCGGGGCAGCGCUCUCCUCAUCCGAAACUUCGCCUCUCAAGACUCAGGAUUCUACUCCUGCAGAGCACAAGUCAUGGUCUUUGGAGAACACUACACCGUCACACGCUACUCACGAGUACACACUAAAGGCUCCAGCCUGGUGCUGCGCUGCACGGUGGCUAUGGGCAGCCAAUCAGCAUCCUCUAUGGGGGUCACAUGGUUGGUGGACGGCCAAUCGAUCGAGAGGUCCUUACUGGGAACACGAGCAUUCCAGGAACACAGGGUGUGGGGGGGUCGUGUGGAGACUGACCUGGUGAUACUGGAGGUGAGAGAAGAGGACUCGGGGGCGGAGCUUAGAUGUGUCACUCAAACUCGAACAGGAAAACAGGAAGUGUUUGUUCACAUUGAAAUGGCAGAGAAGUGA